AUGAUUUUGCGGCCCCAUUCUUUGCCCCAUAGAUUACAGUUCCGUUUGUUGGACAUCACUAGAUACUAGAAAUGUCAAACGCGCUAAUGUCAUAAGUGUCAUAACAUGUCAUAUUUGAGGUUAUAAUUUAAUACAAAUUAUCCAAGCGUUACGAUUUACCAAGCUUCCAAAAUGAAUAUCUUAACUAAAAAGGCGUCAUUAAAUCUCCCACUCGCAUUCCUAAACCGCAGUUUUAGCUGCACUUCAGCACUGGAAAUAAAGCAAUGGCGUGUCAGCAAAGGUUUGCCCGUAAACCGAAACGCCGAGGGCAUCCUUACUGAUGGACCGGAUUAUACUUUCUUGGAUGGCCGACCUACACCUUUGCUGCAUAAACAAAAACUCCGCAUGGAAAAGCAACAAGAUUAUGCAUCCCGGAUAGUUCAGCUCAGCUCAGAACUGGACUUCGCUAAACAGAGAUACCAGAACAUUCAGAAAGCUAAAGAGGAAGAGAGACAAAGAAUAUUGAACAACAGGUUAAAAGCGAAGGGGGCAGCUUUGAAGUAGACUUUUGUUUGUAAUUAUUUUAUAUAGUUAGUUAAUAAAUUGUGUUAAGUAGUUC